AUGGAGUAUAGACCAAUAGCUCUAUGCAAUGUCUACUACAAGAUUAUCUCAAAAAUUUUGACGAGAAGACUCCAACCACUGCUCUUGACAAUCAUCUCGGAGAACCAGUCGGCAUUUGUUCCAGGGAGAGCUAUAUCCGAUAACGUUUUGAUCACGCACGAGGUGCUCCAUUACCUAAAGACGUCGGAGGCAGAGGUUAGAUGUGCCAUGGCAGUCAAAACCGACAUGAGCAAGGCUUAUGAUCGCCUUGAAUGGGAAUUCAUUGCACUAGUGCUACGUAGGAUGGGGUUCCAUCCGAAGUGGAUUACAUUGAUCAUGGAAUGUAUUACCACUGUUACAUACUCCUUUCUCAUCAACGGCUCGCCUAGAGGAAGGAUUCAACCGAGUAGAGGAAUCCGCCAAGGAGACCCCCUUUCACCAUACAUAUUCAUUUUGUGUAGUGAAGUCCUCUCGGGAUUAUGUAACAAAGCACAAGCCGAUGGAUCUCUGAAAGGAAUCAAAGUCGCUAGGGGUUGCCCGCGGGUGAACCACUUUUUGUUCGUGGAUGAUACAAUGUUCUUCGUUGACGCAUCCAAGGAAGGCAGCAAAACCCUUAAGCGCCUCCUCACCCGAUAUGAAGAAGCUUCCGGCCAAGCAAACAACACUGAAAAGUCAUCUAUUUCCUUCUCGAAACGAACUUCAGAUCAAGUUAAAGCAUCAGCAAAGUCCUCGCUUCAAAUUCAAAAUGAAGGCGGGGUUGGUAAGUACCUAGGACUUCCCAAACACUUCGGACGUAGGAAAAAGGACAUGUUUGCAUCGAUCGUCGACAAGAUCAAACAGAAGGCAAAGAGUUGGAAGAACAGAUUCCUCUCCACGGCCGGGAAACUAGUCAUGCUAAAGAGUGUACUCAACGCCAUGCCCUCUCACUCCAUGACCUGCUUUAAGCUUCCGGUGUCGUUAUGCAAGAGAAUCCAAUCUGCAGUCACAAGGUUUUGGUGGGAUUCUAACUCUGAAACUAGGAAGAUGGCAUGGGUGUCUUGGGAUGAUCUGUCACAAACGAAGUCAAACGGGGGACUCGGCUUUAGAGACUUCCUCCGUUUCAACGAUGCUUUCCUUGCAAAACUAAGAUGGAGAUUACUUCACCACCCAGACUGCCUCCUUGCUAGGAUACUGUUCGGGAAAUACUGCCAAGACGAAGUCUUCCUACACUGUUCGGACAGAACGGCUGAAUCACAUGGAUGGCGUGGGGUCUUACUGGGAAGAGAUCUCCUACUCCGCAACAUGGGAUGGACUGUCGGCGAUGGCAAGCAGAUCAAAGCGUGGAGCGACCCCUGGCUUAGCACGUCAUGUCAAGCCAGGCCUAUGGGACAUCCCAUGGAGAGACAUAUCGAUAUAACAGUUGAAGAACUCUUCCAUGACGGGACCACCGAGUGGAACCAGGAAGUCAUACAACUCAUAUUUCCUUUCGAGGCGGAGACAAUCCUCACCAUAAAACCAAGUAUUCUAGGGGCUCCUGACAAGCUCUUCUGGGUCCAUACGCGGGAUGGAGAGUACACAACAAAAUCUGGAUAUGUUGCAGCAGUGGCAUACAAAAAUGAGCAGGAUGAAAGACCGCAAAUGGCGCACCUCAUAGACUGGAACAAAGGCGUUUGGAACCUGAAGACGGCUCCUAAGAUUCAACUCUUGGUCUGGAAAGCCUUGCGUGGAGCUUUACCAGUCGGCGAAAAGCUUCUUGCUAGACAAAUAAAUGUUGACCCUAUGUGUAAGAGAUGUGGGAAGCUUGAAUCUAUCAAUCAUCUCCUCUUUCAAUGUGAAUUUGCCGAGACUGUUUGGAACUCAGCUCCGUUCGCUCACCGGAUUGAUAGGAGACAAUUGCUAGAUCUGGAAAACGACUGGAUGAGACUGAUAGAGAACCCUUGUCUACCACCGGUAGGUAUUGUCUCUGGACAACUAGCUCCAUGGAUCGUUUGGAACCUGUGGACAGCUCGCAACAAGAUGAUCUUCAAUGAUAAAGGCUUCACUGCAGAAGAAGUAGUGACACAGGCGGUGGCAGCUGCAAGAGAAUGGCUUAACGCACAGAAUAAGGAGGAGAAGCGAGUGACACACCCAAAACCAAGUAGGACGGCUUUAGCUUGGGAAGUUGUGGUACAAACAGAUGCGGCGUGGAACGCUACAAGCAAGAGUGCAGGGCUAGGCUGGAGCGUGAAGAACAUUGGAAGAAACUCGGAAUUCCAAGCUACAGCUGAGCUAGUUGUUUCACCAUUGGUGGCUGAAGGUUUAGCUAUGAGGAAUGCAGUGAAAAUGUGCAAAGAGCUGGGACUCCGGCAUAUCAGAUACGAGUCAGACUCAUCUCAACUCAUCAAGGCUUUGAACUCGAAGACAGAACCUCCAGAGAUUUAUGGGAUCGUCUCUGACAUUAGGAUCGAAUGUAUGGAUUUCGAGACCUCUUAUUUUGUUUGGAUUCCUCGUGAAAGGAAUGUUGUUGCUGACCGUUUGGCCAAGCAGGCUCUAAGCCGUGUUUCAAGUGGUUUUACCACGCUACUCUGA